AUGCAACACGACAAAUCUCUACCUCUUCUAGACAAUCCUGGGGCCGUUGAGGCCGCCUGCUUCGCUUCAGUUCAGCAACCAUGCUGCUCAAAAGGGGGGGUUCCGGGCAGGGACCUCGACAAGGCUCGUCUUGCAUACAAAACGAGAGACGUACACGCCACAAGGCAAGCGAACUUGGCUCCUGGAGAGGCGCAUAAUCACCACCAUCAACACAGCAACUACAAUGAGUUGGCAUGUGCUCAUACAGAGUCUCACAAGCAAACAUCUUCGGACUAUUUAAAAGCAAUAGUAUUUGGGGGUCUCGAUGGUAUUGUUACUAUUUUCGCUAUUGUUGCGGGGUGUGUCGGCGCCAACUUGCAUCCCUCAAAGGUUGUCAUCAUCGGAGUUGGAAACCUCUUAGCCGAUGCAAUCAGCAUGGGAUUCGGCGAGUUCGUCAGCUCUGCUGCAGAAGAAGAUUUUGUGAAAAGCGAGAGAGAAAGAGAAGAAUGGGAGAUAGAGAACUGCCCCAAUGAGGAGAAACAGGAAAUGGUAGAAAUAUAUAGAGAUCGUUACGGCUUCACAGAAGAAGAUGCAGACUGUCUCGUCAACAUAACCUUCAAAUAUCGCGAGUUCUUUGUACAGCAUAUGAUGGUUGAGGAGCUGGGUCUCAUGGCUACGGAGGGCCCUAGCCCCAUAAGAAGAGCUUGCUGGGUGCCUGGCUGA